AUGGGCGGCAGAGAUAUUUCUCUGUGAUUCUCGACGUCGAGCGUGGAAUCGAGGAAGGGGGAAAAUAUUGCAACGAAAGCUAAAUUAAUCAUAAUAAUGACGGUUGUGAAAAUGCUGGAAACUCGGCAGAGUUUCAUGAAGUUCUUCCUCAUCUUCUCCCUCACUGUGGCACUACUCUUCUACUUGUUCAACGUGGAGACACUCAAGUCCUCGUACACGAGACUCCUUCGCUUCACGGCUGAUCCGCUGGAUGAGAUGGAUCCGGCGAGUGAGGCUUACUUCGUGAACACGGUGGGCUGCAAGAUGCCCAAGUUUCCCAUCUUUGAUGCCCACAUUCAGCGCUUCAUUGCCGACCCGACGCAAAUUCACUGUUCCGCCGGCAUUACGGCGUCCGAUGCCACACACGUGUGGAUCAAGUUGAACGCCACGGAGCUGCACGCACUGUUCAACGUCACGGAUCCCAGUCUGCUGUCCUGCUCUUACCAGUCAUUCGUGCGGAAGAGCGACAUGUGGAUCAGAUUUCACAACAAAGUGACGCCAAUCAUGUUCGGGGAGCGUCAUCGCGUGGCGCCUGGGGAGGAAUUCAUCAAAGUGACGUGCGACAACUUCGGCCUGGGCGAAAUCUACCAGGACUUCCACUUUUUCGUGCCCGAGAGGACGGCCAGCGCGGACGCCGUGCCGGCCGCGAGUAGGCGGAAAGUGAAUGUCAUCGUUAUUGGCAUCGACAGCGUGUCGAGGCUCAAUUUUCGCCGCCAACUCAGGAAAACUACGCAAGUGUUGCUCGAGGAAUUGGACGCCAUCGAGAUGGAGGGAUACACCAAGGUGGGCGACAACACGUAUCCCAACCUGAUGCCCGUGCUGUCCGGCCUGGAGGCGUCUGAGCUGGAGUCAAUCUGCAUGCCGGAAAAGAACAGCACGUACGACAACUGCCACUUUAUCUGGCGCGAUUUCGCGAAGAGGGGCUACUUGACGGCCUUCGCGGAGGACAUCGGCUACCUGGGAUUGUUCAACUACUUCAAGAAGGGCUUUCGCAAUCAGCCCACCGACUACUACACGCGCCCCAUCAUCACGGCCAUGGAGCGCCAGAUUGCGUACCACAAGAUGGGCAAUGUAUUCUUCUGUCUCGGCAGCAAGACACCUUUCGAGAUCCUCUUCGACUACAUCGGCAAGUUUGUGCAGAGUCUGCAGCGAAAGCGCUUCUUCGGCUUCUUCUGGACGUCUUCCUUUACACACGACUACCUCAACAUGCCGCGGCUCAUUGAUGAUGAGCUAGUGGACUUCUUCAGGCGCUUCAGCGAUGGUGCGCUGUCCAAUGACACCGUGCUGAUCGUCAUGAGUGACCAUGGGUUGCGCUGGGGCAGCUUUCGCAGCACGUAUCAGGGCAUGAUGGAGGAGCGCCAGCCUUUUAUGUACUCCAUCUUCCCCAAGUGGUUUCACGCGGAGUUCCCGCGCGCGAUGCGUCACUUCCGACGCAACUCGCGGCGCCUCACGUCACACUUCGACCUGCACGAGAUGCUGCGCGAUCUCAGCCGCCUGGAGCAGCUUGAGGACGUGGCCGUGGAUGUGCGAGCGACAGAACUGGCCGCGGCGGAUCCACUGCCACGCGGCGUCAGCCUCUUCUUGCCCAUCCCGGCCACGCGCACGUGUGACGCGGCCGGCAUCUCGCCGCACUGGUGCACGUGUCACGAGAAGCAGUCCGUACCCACGAUUGACCAGGGCGUGCUGCGAGUGGCGCGCUUCGUGCUGCGUGAGCUGAACGAUUGCCUCGUGGACUCGCCUCAGUGCGCGCGGCUGCACCUCAACUCCAUUCUGGAGGCCACGCGGGCGAGCCUGACUCCCGACGCCGCGCAGCGCGUGCCGGCCACGGGGCUGAUGUUCGAUCUGACGGUGAGGCUGCGCACGAAGCCCGGCAUGGCGGAAUUCGAGGCGACGGUGCGCGUGAGAUCGGACGAGGACAUGGAGCUGACGGGACCCAUCAGCCGCACGAAUCUGUACGGACGGCAGAGUGCGUGCGUGAGCGAUCCACAACUGAAGCUCUACUGCUAUUGUGGCAAGCACUGAAUCACUGACUCUCUUUUUGUACCAAAGACUAUGUAAUAGUGUUAUAAUCCCUCGAAGGAAUGAGUAAAGU